CUUUGUACCAUGAUGACGUCAUUAUUCGUAUUUUUUUCCUCAGCUGCUAGCAACCUUAGCUUCAGUAUUCAUACUUGCCACACUGAAUUAUCUGCUCUCAAGAAUGAAGUUCACUGUCGACCAUUUCAAGAGACUGUCGGUGUCCGAUCUACGAUCCUUUGAACAAAGCAUGAGCAUGUGGUUUCGUGCCCGAGACAGCCAGAAGAACCUUGUGAAUGCGCUCGGGUUAGCGAAGGUUGAUUGCCCGACACUCAAUAGAAGAUUACGUGUUCCGGAGAUAUCAGAGCGCCACUCCAGCGUUGUGCUCAACUGCACUCCACCACGAGUAAAACUAAGUCAAGCCGUAAGGGAAAUGUCGCCGGCCAAAUCGAAAUCAGUGACGUCAGGGGAGCUGUUAAAGUUCUGGCAGAAAUUCCAAAUUUCGACGCCGAAAAAAGAAACCUUGUCCACGAAAUCAAAACCUUGUGCGAAACCAACAAGACCAGUAACUCAAUGCAAGAAACGACUGGAACCACAGACCACAGUUAAAGUUUCACCGUCACCCCAAACACAAGUAGUUCACUCCCGACUACAAUGCCCCCUUUCAAGCAGCAUAAACCUAAACAACAGAACCGCUGCCAGAAACUGCAUUGACCUAAACUCUAACUCGGUAACGAAACCAAGAUUUCAACCCCGCCCUUCGCCAACAAGAAAGCAAAACCGACCGAUGAGCCUCAGGAAAAUGGUAACUCUUCGUGAGCACCGUAAAAAAUGUGAGGAAAGAGUGCGAGAACUUGAAGCCCAAUCGCGCCGCCUUAGACGAAAGAAAGCCGACAAAAGUGUUAAGUUAUAAAUACUGUUCCUGAUUAAUUGUUCGCCAUUUUCGUUUUGUUCGUGAAUUUUUCUAUUAAACGCCAAAGGUUCAACAUGUCAA